CGAUAAAUCCAACGGUACACAAUUAACGAUUGCAAUGCACAAAAAUAGAUUCGUUCUUACAAUACAAUAAUCAAAGGCGUCGGCACAUUUUUCAAAAAAAGAAAAGAAAAGAUUUACGGAGAAACGAAUCAAUCGGUGUUUCUAAUGUCGUCCGCACCGUCUUCGAGUCAACCGGAGUUUGAUUACUUAUUUAAGUUGCUGUUGAUUGGUGAUUCCGGGGUAGGGAAGAGUACUCUUCUUUUGCGCUUUACCUCUGAUUCCUUUGAGGAUCUUUCUCCAACUAUUGGUGUCGAUUUCAAGAUCAAGCAUGUUACAGUUGGGGGCAAGAAAUUGAAGCUUGCAAUAUGGGAUACAGCUGGGCAGGAGAGGUUUCGAACGCUAACAGGUUCAUACUAUAGAGGAGCUCAAGGAAUCAUUAUGGUGUAUGAUGUGACACGGCGAGAGACAUUCACAAAUCUAUCUGACAUAUGGGCUAAAGAAAUUGAUUUGUACUCAACAAAUCAGGAUUGCAUUAAGAUGCUUGUUGGAAACAAAGUGGAUAAGGAAAGUGAACGUGUCGUCAGUAAAAAAGAGGGAAUUGACUUUGCUCGAGAAUAUGGAUGUCUAUUUCUUGAAUGCAGUGCGAAAACUCGGGUCAAUGUGGAGCAAUGCUUUGACGAGCUUGUGUUGAAGAUAUUGGACACCCCCAGUCUUCUGGCUGAUGGCUCAACAGGUUUAAAAAAGAAUAUCUUCAAAGAGAAACCUCCCGAAACGACCACUACGGCUGGUGGCUGCUGCUCGUAUUGAUUUAUAUACUAAAAAAUGUAGGAGGAUUCUCAUUUUGUUUUAGGCUACUUGUUCCGUAGUUAUUCCAUUUCAGCACACACCCUAAAGGGGAUCUUCAGUUUUCCCUUAAUAGAUUAUACGUUCGUUAAACUAAAAUGUCUGCUUGACACUUAAUUUUCUUGUAUUCUUUCAGUCGUUCUUACUAGGUUGACGAUUAAUUGGUUCUUUCUGGUUUGAGUUUGAUUUAUCAUGAACUUACAAAGUGACAUAUGAAAACAGAUCCUGAAAUCCUAUCAAUUCUUGUUUUUUA